AUGCCCUCCCACCCUCUGCGGGUGGCUGUCGUGUGCUCCAAUAACCAGAACCGGAGCAUGGAGGCGCACCGCCUCCUCAGCAAACGAGGAUUCAAUGUCAGGUCCUUUGGAACAGGAGCUCACGUGAGGCUUCCAGGACCAGCACCUGGCAAGCAAAAUGUUUAUGAUUUCAGAACCACAUAUGAUGAGAUGUUCCACGAUCUUCUUAGGAAGGAUGAAAACUUCUAUGCACAGAAUGGCAUUUUAUAUAUGUUAGACAGAAAUAGGAGAAUCAAGCCCCGGCCAGAAAGGUUCCAGGACUGUAAAGAUGAGUUUGAUUUGAUCUUCACAUGUAAAGAGCUAGUCUACGACCAGGUGGUGGAAGUUCUUAAUUCCAGAGAACAGGUAACCUGCCAGCCAGUGCACGUGAUCAACGUGGACAUCGUGGACAACCAUAGAGAGGCCACCCGGGGAGCUCUCAUUAUCUGUGAGAUCUGCCAGUGUAUCCAGCACUUGAGUGACAUGGAGAAUGACAUCGAUAGCAUGCUGCAAGAUUUUGAGAAGAAGACAGGCAAGGCUUUCCUGCACACUGUCUGCUUUUACUAA